GUUGAAAAUCUCUCUCGCGAGUGCAAAGCACUUGGCAAAAAACCCGUACGAAAGCCCGUGCAUGUCCAGCAGCGUAGCAGCAGCAGCAGAACCGUACCAGUGGUGGAGUUGGAUUGUUGCAGAGAGUCGACCCCGUCAGACAGACAACCUCCAAUAAGCAAAAGUCGUGUAGUCAUCAGCAAAAGUGAAAAUUUUCAAUCAUUCCGCUCGCAUUGUUGGUCCCUUUUGUCGUGUACAGUUUUCGUUUCGUGCUUAGUAACGGUUUGGUCACAUUUUGGAGGAACAAGUGCUUGGCGAUUUUCGGGAAUAGGAUUUUUCCCCCGGGCUCGGGAGUGCCAAUUAUUUUGUCGGACGGAAGGUGCAGCAGCCAACCACUUCGACAGUGGGAGGAUUGCGUGUUGAGGAAAAGUUUCGCUUUGUGGGCCAUAAAUUGAGAGGAGAGUGGUUGGGGAUAAAGUGCAGAAGAAAAAGCUGUAAGUAAAGUGCAUGUUGUUGCGAGAAAGAAGAAAAUGGGAAGCAAAAUUUGCAAUUUAUUUCAGUGACAAGUUUGGCUAAUGGUUUGUGAUGUGGUUCUGGUGGAGGUAAAGUGAUAUAAAUUUUGAAAGAUUCAGGCGGCCCGAAGCAGGAUAGUGCCAAAUAAAAAAAAGGAUUGCAAUCCUCAGGAAAAACCCGUGAAAAGAUAUUUUUUACCGCGAAUGUGUAGUGCUUCGUGUUUUCCAUGUUGUGUAUCUGUGCGUGGUUUGUUUUGCAAUCGUAUUGAGCUUUUUUCGUAUCCAACAACCUAACUUCCACAUCAGCUGCUUCAUUUGGAACACCACCGUUUAGCAAGAAAGAGAAAAAACGAAAAACAACAAACGCAACCCCGAACAGAAGAAACUAUUGGCAGCGUUGGCAACAGCAGCACCACCACCAACAACAACAAACGCGCGGGUGAAGGUAAAGAAGACUUUGGUUGGGCCAGAAGACGAACCAAAGUUUCUCUUCAUUAAAACCCAAUUUUCUGCUGGUUUUGGUGUAUGUGAAUGUCGAAAUAUGACGUGUGCAGCUUUUUGACACAGGAAACAACAUCGCAUCACUUUGAAGAGACUGCAAAUAGUCCCCUCAUAACGCAACAAAAACAACCACAAAAGGACUCAUCACAACUAUCAUUGUCGUUUUUGUUAUUAUCGUCUCCAUAAUCGGAGUCUCACCAACCACGCGACAUCGACACAAAAAAAAACAUUCAAACACCCACCCACCCACUCUGGGAAACAGACAAAAAUCUCACCGUGUCGUUUAAAUGUCGAUUAAGAUAAAAACCGCACAGUCGAAGAAGUAGAAAACAGAAAACUAGGCAACAACAAACAACCCAGAGCUUGGAAUCUGUUAUCCGGACGAACGCCACGAAGAAAGUUUUAUGUUUGCUUUGGCAGUACUGGAAACUGAAAGUAUUCGCAAACUCUGCCUCAUCCCGCCUCGACAUCCACACCGUCCGGGACCCACCUUGCCACGCGACGAGUUUGCUCUCAUCGCAUAAUUUUUGUUUGGCAGCAAGUCGCGCAGCAUCUGGAUAUGUACUACUACUAAAUAGCCGCUAUUAUGUGUAUGAGAAAGGCACAAAAACGUGCGUGAACAAACAGCCGGAGCGGAAGCAAAACAUCAACAGCAUCAACAGAGCCAGCAGCAAGAAAGCUUAUUGUUUGAACGAACACACACACCGAAGCACUCGUCUACCACUAUUUUACUUAUCACACUCGAUAGCGAGGCGUUGUCGUCGGGUUUUUCUUUGUAUUAUCGCGGUAUUAUUUAUUCCGUAGGUUUAUUUUGUUUUUUUCUUGUGUAUACACAAAACACAUGCAUUACUAUACUGCUUACUGUAGAUUUUAACUGCCACCGGUGCUUAGCUGCGUUUUUGUAAGCCAGCGUUAAAAAGUAUUAUUUUACAUUUUUCUUUAUUUACAACCCAGAGAAAUGUUCUAUUUAUUUUUAUUUAUUUAAGUUUCAAAAGCAGAACUAUUAAUGGAUUAUGUCCCAUCACGAUACUAAUUUAGUACCUAUAUUGUGGGAAUUUCAUCAAAAGCAAGCGAUCUGUGUUACUACAUUCCCCACCUAUUAGACCAUAAAGCUAGAAAUCCUUACACUUUGUGCGUGUGUGUGUAUGUCCACUGUCCGUCGUCCUUUAUCCACGGGAUCGGUACCAUCCCUUCAUCACCUCAUUUAAUGCUACACGGAAUACGUGUGCGAUCGCGACCCCGUCCGCUUGAGUGAUUUCUCACGGCUCCCCCGCGAACCUGCCAGAUAGUAAGCUAGAUAGUAUGACCUUGACGGUGUCGGAAUCGGACGGCAAUAAUCUGCGCACUAACCACAACCACCAUCACCAACCGACGGAUAUGACCGAAUCUCUACCAAGUUCUGAACUCUCCCUGCUAGCAAAACUGGAGGCCGCAAACAAGCUGAUCGAGAGUGACUCCAAGAGUCUCAACUCUCUGCAGAGCUCCGCCCACAGCCGUAAAAGCUCCGACACGAGUCAGAUUUCGCUCAACUCUGGUGCCUCCUCCGUCGGGGAGGAGGACAUCUGGUCGACAUGGGCUAGCAUCGUGGCCGAUUGGGAGGCCGGCCAGAAGCGGAAAACUCCAACGGUAAGGGAUCUGGUCCGAAAGGGCAUUCCGCACCACUUUCGGGCCAUCGUGUGGCAGUUGCUGUGCGGAGCGUCGGAAGCCGACAAGAAGCAGUACGCCGAGUAUAUCAAGGCGACCAGUGCUUGCGAGAAGGUGAUCCGAAGGGAUAUUGCCCGGACCUAUCCGGAGCAUGAUUUCUUCAAGGAGAAAGAUGGUCUCGGUCAGGAGGCGCUGUUUAACGUGAUGAAGGCGUACUCGCUGCACGAUCGGGAGGUAGGCUACUGCCAAGGUUCGGGUUUCAUCGUGGGAUUGCUGCUGAUGCAGAUGCCCGAGGAGGAUGCCUUCUCCGUGCUGGUCCAAAUAAUGCAACAAUAUCGCAUGCGAGACAUGUUUAAACCCUCGAUGGCAGAGCUGGGUCUCUGCAUGUACCAGCUGGAAAGUAUCGUCCAAGAGCAGAUUCCCGAGCUUCACAUGCACUUCCAGUCACAGAGUUUCCAAACUUCAAUGUACGCUUCCAGCUGGUUCCUAACGCUGUAUACGACCGCUUUGAACCUCACUCUCAGCUGUCGGAUAAUGGAUGUGUUCCUGUCCGAGGGGAUGGAGUUCAUUUUCAAAGUGGCAAUCGCCCUGCUGCUGAUCGGAAAGGACACACUUCUGUCCUUGGACAUGGAAGCGAUGUUGAAGUACUUCCAAAAGGAGCUUCCGCAGAAGGUUGAAAACGACAGCGAUGGUCUGUUCAAUCUAGCAUUCCAGGUGAAAAUCAACACCAAAAAGAUGAAGAAAAUGGAAAAAGAAUAUGCCGAUCUGCGGAAGAAGGAACAGGAGGAGAUGGUCGAACUGAGGCGAUUACGAAGCGAAAACCGGCUGCUGAAAAAGCGCAACGAGCUGCUGGAAGCGGAGAGUGCAGAGCUGGCCGACCGGUUGGUGCGCGGUCAGGUGUCACGUGCCGAAGAGGAGGAAACCAGCUACGCCAUACAGUCGGAACUGCUGGCAUUGCGGCGAGUACACCUCGAGGUUUCACACCAGUUAGAGAACGCAAACGAGGAAGUGCGAGCGCUUAGCCUGCGGCUUCAGGAAAAUAACAACUCCCGCCAAAAUUCUUUCGACGAGCUGAUCAUGAAGGAGGAGGCUCUGAAGCAGCGUGACGAAAUGGUAUCUUGCCUGCUAGAGGAACUGGUUAAGGUGCGCCAGAGUCUAGCCGAAAGCGAAGAUGUGAUACGAAACCUAAAGACUAAGAUCCAGGAAUUGGAGGAGGAUAAGAAACGCCUUCGGGAGACGACUAUCGAUAACUCGGUAGCUCAUCUGCAGGACGAACUGAUAGCGAGUAAGUUACGGGAAGCGGAGGCCAGCCUAUCGCUGAAGGAUCUCAAACAGCGCGUUCAGGAGCUAAGUACCCAGUGGCAGCGCCAGCUGUCCGAGCAGCGCAAUGAAGCCGCCCAGAGCAGUGAGUCAGGGGCUAAGAAACUGCUGUUCUGGGAAUCAUCUCGUACCCAGGAUAUGCAGAAACUCGAGGAGGACCUAAUGACCACUCGAAUACGGGAAAUGGAGACGUUAACGGAGCUGAAGGAACUUCGGUUGAAGGUUAUGGAACUGGAGACGCAGGUGCAGGUUUCGACGAAUCAACUUCGCCGACAGGACGAGGAAUCGAAGAAGGUGAAGGAAGAACUGGAAGAGGCGCUAGUCCGCGAGAGGGAACUAUCGAACAAGGCUCGCGAGCAACAGCAUCGGUACUCGGAUCUGGAAUCUCGCAUGAAGGAUGAGCUGAUGAAUGUUAAGAUUAAGUUCACCGAGCAAAGCCAAACGGUGGCAGAGUUGAAACAGGAGAUUUCCCGACUGGAAACCAAGAAUUCGGAAAUGUUAGCCGAGGGUGAGCUUCGUUCUAACCUGGACGAAUCGGACCGCGUUCGGGAUCUACAGGACAAGGUCGCCGAGCUGAAGGCGGAGCUGACAGCGCUUAAGUGUCGUGGUACUCCGCUGAACCUGCGCAUGAUCAAGAGCACCUCGAUCCAGUCGAUCGAUUCCACCAACGAGAUUGACUUCAGCGAGAUGCAACUCUCGCGAAAGGAUAUUAUCAGUGUGACGGGCAUCGGUGGUGGUGGUAUGUCUAGUACCGGCACCCCUACCUUCGUCUCGUCGCCUUCCCCGUCGUCGUCAUCAUCGUCGUGAAAUUUAGUGUUUAUGGUAGCAGCAGCAGUACUAGUGAGUGCUAAUUAGUAGAAUUGUUAGGCAGUAGUGAAAUGCACUCACAUACACAUACGCACAUAUACACACACACACACACUCAACCAUGCAGACAAUUGGAAACUCAUACACACACCACUUUCUCUGUCACAUUUAUUCGAGUGGAGAAAGAACCGUAGAUUUGAAGGCAAAAAGUACUAGUUUUUAUUAAUAAUAGCGGUAACAUUACUACUUAGGUUGUACCGAACGAGAGGUAAACGAGCAGAGAAGCAGGGAGGAAUCUUACAGAGUACGACUGAUUAACCUACGAGACGCUGUUCUUAUGAUUUGUGUUUUCUGCUUGCUUAUUUUUAAUUUAGGAAAGAUUUAUUUAAGUUGCUAAAUAUUGCAAUACCACUAAACUCUCCGACAGAGAAUAGGAAACAAGAAGCUCUAAGCGCAAUAGUGUGCAAGUCAAGCUGGCAGGCAGCCAACAUGCAAUUUAUAUGUUAUUAUUGCUAUUUGUGUUUAUUUUCUCGUAUUAGUUUAUUAUUCUUUUAUGUUCUGCGUGAAAAAAUGCAAAAAAGUGAGAGUUUAACUGUCAUAUAUUGUUUGUUGCACAAUGUGGAUCGAAAGUAUUUUCAGAGUCUUUACCCUAUAUGUAUACAUUAAUAAACACACAUUUAAGCGAAAAAAUGUCGAGAAAAAAGGAUAUUAAAGGCUUCAUUCUAAAUUAAGCUUUUCGUACUCACACAAUUACACAGCGCUGAGCUCAACUGUCUUGGGCCCAUAUUAUUGGCUCGAAUCAAAACUCGUCGAAAUGUCAAUUGACGAUAGGUUCACCCGGAGUGUUCAUUUGUGUUUACAUUUUGCUAGCGUUGCCAAUUUUAUUUUGUGUCCAGCACCCAAUGUGGCUACGCCACAUCGCUUUUGCGCGUGCUGUCCGACUUCGCUACCGCUCAGUCGGACUUAAACUAGGGAUAGCCCCUAUGUUUGAGUAAGCCGGGCAAACGAGUGGAUCACAGGUUCGCUUGCUUCCGAUGGCGGGUCGGUGGCCACCUCGCCUGGCGGAUCCUCAGCGGCUUUGCGCCGCUUCGGUUCCUAGGCCUCGGUUAUGCGGCUAGGCCGCAUCGAAAUGGUACCCCUUGAACAUUCUAACUUGAAUCGGUUGUGUCAGAGGAGCCGGAAUACGAAUUAGAACCAGCCAGCAUUUCGGCUGAGUUAAACUGGGAAGUUUAGUAAAAUUUAAUCUGGAAAUAAAAUUUUUUUGGCAACGCUCCAGCACUCCGUUGAUUUCACCACCUGGGCGCCAGGUUGACGAUAUGAAAUGAACUUUGUUUACUUUCGACAAGUUUUGAUUCGAGCCAACAACAUCCAGCCACUGUCUUAGGUUUUAGUAUAGUAAACUAUCUUUCACUCUUCGUUUUUCUCGACAAACGCAGGGUGGCACCAGCAUAACUUAUUUUUUACUGAAACCCGAAGCAUGAUUAAAUGAAAACAAUUCCACUAGUUGAAACAAAAGACGGUAUUAUAGGACAUUUUUCCGGCGUUUACGUCACCGCGCUUACUGAAUUCGGUUUCGAGUGGAGUAGUAGCAAUAAUUAAUCAAAAAUAUUAGUCGUUCAAAAUUUCGCAUCUGAAACAAUACCAGCAGCAGCAGCAGUUUAGUCUCUUUUGCUCGCCUGCGUAAAUCUCGUAGAAAUUUAUCGUGUGUUCUAACCGAAAAAUUAAAAAAAAAUAUUAAUCUGUACCUAGAUUAGUAGGCGUGAAUCGAACGAAUACUUGAACUGAUGUGUCAAAAAGAAACAAAAUAAUAAAACAAGAAAACAAAUGUCAGGCAAGAUGCUCUGUUUUAAGCUGUGAAAA